UUCUCUGUGCUGGGGCAAACUUUGGGUGAGGAAAAGGAGCCAGACUGUUGGCAGCCAGCUGUUUAUGGAGCUUCGGCCCCUGUGUGGGGCUCUAGGGAUCAAUACAUGUUAAUUGUUGUUAUCAUUUUGUUUUGCUAGGUACAUGGGAAAAAAUUAUUCCUUCGGUUUGAUCCAGACGAGGAGAUGGAGCUACUCGGCAGCAGCCCACAGCCUGGACAAGGAGUGUGGCAGAAAGAGGCCAUGGACCCAGAGCUGGCCCUGGGGCCCAAUGCUCAGGAAACUUCUGCAGGCCCCUCUGAGGAGCCUGUUCCUAGUGGAUCCGAUGGUCCCUAUAGUCUUGGGGGACACAACCUUCUAGCAGUUGCCCAGAGGUGGCUAGAGGUCAGGUUUGGUUUAUUUGGCAGUAUCUGGGUGAAUGACUUCUCCAGAGCAAAGAAAGCUAACAAGAGAGGUGACUGGAAAGACCCUGUGCCCAGGCUGGUACUCCAUUUUGAUGGCGGUGGCUUCCUGGCAUUUUAUAAUUGCCAGAUGUCAUGGAGUCCUCCCCCAGUGGUUGAGCCCACUUGUGACAUCUUGUCUGAAAAGUUCCAUCGAGGACAAGCCUUGGAAGCUCUAAGGCAGGCUCAGCCUGUGUGCUAUACGCUGUUGGACCAGAGAUACUUUUCAGGAUUAGGGAACAUUAUAAAGAAAGAAGCCUUGUACAGAGCAGGGAUCCAUCCCCUCUCUCUGGGUUCGCUCCUGAGUUCUUCCUCUCUGGAGGCCCUCGUGGAUCAUGUGGUGGAGUUCAGUUCAGACUGGCUUCGGGACAAAUUCCAAGGCAAGGAACAGCACACACAGAUCUACCAGAAGCAGGAGUGUCCUUCCGGUCACCAGGUUAGGAAGGAGACUUUUGGGCCCCCCGGUGGAUUCCAGAGGCUUACCUGGUGGUACCCUCAGUGCCAGCCUCACCUGUCAUCUGAGGAGCCAUAGAAUCUGCUGUCCUCCUAAAACACUUGGCCUUCUUCAUGGAACUUGUAGCCUUGAAGAUCCAGAUACCAUGUCUCCCGAGAGAAGGGUGUAGGCAGGAAUCGUAUGACAGAUCGGGGACAAGGUCCAGAAGGUCACUAUUGUUGUCGUUUCAUUGGAUUAUGCCUCAGCCGUGGCUUUCGUAGGGAUAGAUGUUUUCCUUUUCUGGUUAAUUCUAUGUAAUCCCACCAUACUGUCAAAAUCCUGACAGAGGGUUGGGGAAAUUGCCUGGAACAGCAGUGAGUCUGAAAAAGGGGGUACAGCUGGGGGAGUGGGGGA